CUUUGUUUUACGAGGGAAAGUAAUUCGCAGAAAGACGCGCGACAGACUGCAAAGAUGGACGGUGUGUGUCGGUCCCGGCUGUAGCUCCGUGAUGGCCGGUGUGUUUCCUGGCCGUGGAGGAGACGAAGCCCGAGCCCAUGCUGGUCGUUAUGGCCUCGCUGGAUGGAAGCACGCCAGUUGAGACUCUGCUGGCAGCGAUCCACCUCGACAAGUACGUGGACACCUUCCGCCGAGCUGGCCUCCUAUUGGCCAGAGACUUCACACACCUGGAUCAUGACGCCCUGGUCAGUUUGGGAAUAAUCGCCACCGGACACAGGAAGAGGAUUCUGCGCCUGGUCGGUCACAUUCAGAGGACCAAUGAGAGAUCAGUGACGGCGGGUCCGAGAGCCAAUCAGAAUCCAGGGACCGAGCUCUCGCUGGACCGCUGCCAAUCAGAGACCGACAUUCGCGCUCCAGAAAGAGGCCGAACGGCGGCGGCGGCGGCGCCCAGUCAGGAGGGACGUCCCGCCAACUUUGAGGCUUUCCGAAACAGCUCGGCCCCGAACCUCGGCGCCAUGUUGGCGAACUCCGUCGGCUCCUCCGAGGCCAAAGCGGUCGUGAAGCCGGUUCCCAAACCCAGAACCGUCUUCAACCGGCGCAGGACGACGCCGAUCCAUUUCUCCUGCUCGGCGCCGGACCCCGUGCCGCCGCCGCCCAGGAGGCUUUCCCAGGAGUCCAUCUGCUUUACUAUUCUGGAGGGCUUGAACUCAGGGGACACGCCCGCCUCCGCCGCCGGCGACCGGUCGGCCUCCAACGCGGCCAAACGGAGAUCGAGCCAGGCGGACAGGAGGCCGCGGCGCAGUUCAUCACUGUCGGACUCUGUCGGCGGGUCGUUGCCCCCGGUUCCCCCGAGGCUGAACCGCGGGGUCUCCCCCGCCACGCUGCAGGGGUCCCCGCCCUCUUCCUCUUCUGCACGGUCGGAUCAGGACCAGGCAGCCUCUCUGUCCUCGUCGCCAUCGUCUCCCUUUAGUUUUGACAACUCUGCGUCCCGCGGAUCCUCGCCGUCCUGUUCGCCCCGGAGCGGCGGGAUCGAAAUGGUCCCCAAUGAGAUCUACUGUGGCACUUUACCGGGCUCUGCUGCCCCCGGUGGCGGGAGGAACCACGUCAGCCAGCAGGCGGUUCCUCUGCCUCCGCCAAGACAAACACUGGACAGGAACCCAGAGAGAAACAGCAGCAGCACUUUAAGUAACAACUCGUCAGGAUCGGCCCGAGCCUCGACCGACGACCCCGAGGAGGAGAUCAGCCCGUACUGUGAGACCGUUUUCCAGACGAGACGGCCGCCGCAGGCCUGCGAGAGUGAAAGAAACAAACUGGAGGGAAGAGAGAUGAGGAGGGAGGACGAGAAACAUGCAGAGGAUCAUGGCUGUCAGAAGCUGUCGUGGGCGAAGCGUCUGUCCCAGGCGCUCCACCCGGGCGACUCUCAGGGUUACAGCACGGUGGGCGAGCUGUCGCCGCCGCAGCGCUGCCUGUCGCUGCCCCCCCACCUCUGCCACGCCGAGCCCGACGACGACCUCACCAUCUCGCCGUACGCCAGCUACACCUCGCUGUCGGAGCGCGCCGCGCCCAUCAUCUGCGGCUGGCUGGACAAGCUGUCGCCUCAGGGGAACUACGUUUUCCAGAAGCGCUACGUCAAGUUUGAUGGCAAAAACCUGAUGUACUUUGGCAGCGAGAAGGAUGUCUACCCGAAGGGAGUGAUCCCAUUGGCUGCCAUACAGAUGGCCCGGCCGGCCAAAGACAAUAAAUUUGAGAUAGUGACAAGUCACAGGAUCUUUGUUUUCCGGACCGAUAACGAAGUGCUGCGGCAGCGCUGGGUCGGCACGCUGCAGGGCCGGGUCAAAGAGCAGCUGGUGUUCGGCCGGCCGCGCUUCGGCCCGGGAGCGCACUGCCAGAAACACGGCUUCCUGGAGCUGAAAGGCACCAAGUCCAAAGUUUACGCCGCCAUCAACACGGAGCAGAUCUGGCUGUACAAGAGCGAACAGUGUUUCCGGAACGGAAUCGGCAUCACCCUGAUCGAAGCCCGGGGAGCGACGAUCAGAGACGGAAAACACAAGAGCUUCGACCUCAUCACCCCCUACAAAACCUUCAGCUUCACGGCCGAGUCGGACCGGGACAAGCGGGACUGGAUGGAGGCGCUGCAGGAGUCGAUCGCGGAGACGCUGUCGGAUUACGAGGUCGCCGAGAAGAUCUGGUCCAACCGCUCCAACCGGAUGUGUGCCGACUGCAAGGCCAUCAACCCCGACUGGGCCUCCAUCAACCUCUGCGUCGUCAUCUGCAAGAACUGCGCAGGGCAGCACAGAGGACUGGGGACGAUGGUUUCCAAAGUUCAGAGUCUGAAACUGGACACCAGCGUCUGGAGCAACGAGAUUGUGCAGCUCUUCAUCAUGCUGGGAAACGACCGGGCCAACGAGUUCUGGGCGUCCCGGCUGUCUCUGUCGGAGGAGCUGGACUGCGACGCCACGCCCGAGCAGCGCCGCGAGUUCAUCACCCAGAAGUACAGAGAGGGGCGUUUCAGACGGGCCCACCCCGGCUUCGGCAGCCAGGACGAGCUGCUCAAGGUGCUGUGUACCGCUGUAACCGAGCAGAACCUCCUGAAAACCGUCACUCAGAUUUUUACGGAGGCGGAGGCGGCUCGUCUUGCCGACUCCAACGGCUUCGAGCAGCAUCACCCGGGGGAGCCGCUCCCACCUGGAGCCUCAGAUCCCAGUGUGUAUGAUGAGAUCAUGCAGCCCGUCCUUCACUCUGGUUACCUCUACAAGUCCGGCUCCAUGAACAAAGGCACUUUAUCCCGGAAAACCAGAGAAGACUUCCAGAAGUUCUGGUGCACGGUGGAUAAAUCCCUGCUCUUCUACGAGUCGGACCGCUGCUCCGAUCCCAGCAUGCAGAUCAGCGUCAAAGACAUCGUGUGUCUGGGCGUCAGCCGGCCCGACGGCAGCAACAACAACAACGGCUUCAUCGACAGGUUCCGCUACACCUUUGAGCUCUACCUGACCUCAGAGAAACUCUACCAGUUUGGUCUGGAGACUCCAGACGCCCUGCACAGCUGGACCAAGGCCAUCGGGAAGGCCGCGACGCCGCUGAGCUGCCACUGCCUGCUGACCCGGGAGUUUGAGCGGGUCGGGCUGCUGCGCUACAAGGCCAUGCUGGACCCGCAGCAGUGGAAGGAGGCCUACUUCGUCCUGCAGAAGUCCAACCUGUUCAUCUGCCCCGGGAACGACGGAGCGGCCGAGGACAUCAUCAACCUGAACCGGCUGCAGGAGCUCAGUAUCGCGUCAGAGAACGACAGUCAUGACAAGAAGGACAUCCUGGUUUUAGUUGAAAAGGGAAGGACGCUCCAUCUCCAGGGAAUGGGUCGAACCGACUUCUCGCUGUGGUAUUCGGACAUCCAGAGGGCAGCCGGAGGGAGGGGGAACACCCUGAGGGAACAGCAGCUCAGCAGAAACGACAUUCCCAUCAUCGUGGACAGCUGCAUCGCCUUCAUCACCCAGUAUGGUCUGGGCCACGAGGGGAUCUACCGGAAGAACGGGGCAAAAUCCAGGAUCAAGCUUCUGAUGGAGGAGUUCCGCAAGGAUGCCCGAAACGUCAAGCUGCGGAUAGGAGACCACUUCAUCGAGGACGUGACGGACGUCCUGAAGAGGUUCUUCAGAGAGAUAGAUGACCCCAUCUUCAUGGCCGACCUUCACCCGCUGUGGAAGGAAGCUGCCAAAAUCCCGCAGAGGAGCCAGAGGCUGGACAGGUACAAGGAAAUAAUCCGGAGCCUUCCCAGAGUCAACAGGACCACGCUGGCCGCCCUCAUCAGCCACCUGUACCGGGUCCAGAAAUGUGCCGAUCUGAACCAGAUGUGCACCAAGAACCUGUCUCUGCUCUUCGCUCCCAGUCUGUUUCAGACCGACGGUAAAGGAGAACACGAGGUGAAGAUCAUGGAGGAUCUCAUAGACAACUACCUGUACGUCUUCGAUAUUGACGAGGAGCAUCAGACGCAGAUCGAGCUGGAAAUCAGCCUCAUCACCACAUGGAAGGACACUCAGCUGUCCCAGGCUGGUGAUCUGAUCAUUGAGGUGUAUUUGGAAAUGAAGAUACCAGACUGCUGUAUUACUCUCAAAGUGUCGCCCACCAUGUGCGCUGAGGAACUCACCAACCAGGUUCUCUACAUGAGGAAUGUCCCGGCCGGGGACCGAGACGUCUGGAUGACGUUUGAGGCCAUCGAGGACGGACAGCUGGAGCGGCCGCUGCACCCCAAAGAGAAGGUGCUGGAACAGGCGCUGCAGUGGUGCAAGAUGGCCGACCCGAGCUCUGCCUACCUGGUGGUGAAGAGGGUGCCGAAAGGAGAAGGCAUCAACAUCCUCACAUCCUACAAGAGUGAGAUCAUGAAGGUCGGCCUGCUGAGGUGUCGCGAGGAGCCUCCGAAGCUCCUGCAGGGGAACAAGUUUCAGGAGAGGACCUUCCAGAUCAGAGACCACAAGCUGCUGCUGCUCAAGGACAAGAAGAGCAUCAAACCAGAGAAGGAGUGGGCUCUGAAGUCCAUGAAGAUCUACAUCGGCAUCCGCAGGAAGCUGAAAGCACCUACAAGAUGGGGCUUCACCGUGAUGUCAGACAAACACCAACUGUAUCUGUGCUGUAACUGUGAGGCCGAGCUGUGGGACUGGAUCACCAGCUUCCUUAAGGCCCAGAACGACGACCCCGGCCCCCCGGUGCUGAGGCGUCACUCCUCGGCUGACAUCUCCAAGCAGAAGUUCGGCACGAUGCCGCUCGUCCCCAUCAGAGGAGACGAGAGCAACUCCACCAUGCUGUCCGCCAACCAGACGCUGAGGAAGCUGCAUGCCAGGAGGACUCUCUCCAUGUUCUUUCCGAUGAAGGUGCAGCAGGAUUCCUUUGAGGAGCGCUCCGAGUCCCGGCCGGAGUCUCCCGACCUUCCCGAGCCGCUGUACGAGGAGGUCGGCGACUUCGGCCUGCAGGUCCUCAAGUCCCUGGAGACCAGCUUCCUGUCCGGCGCCUCCGACGACACCCGCGAGGUCCCGGACCGCCCGCUGAGCCUCGUUCCCGUGGAAAUCGGCUCCCCCGACCGCAUGAUCGGCCCCAACCCGGUGCGGAGCGUCGGCGGCUCGCUGGACGCUCUGCUGCCCGGCGGCGGCGGAGAUCCCGACUGCGUUUCUCCGGACCUGAACGCACCGCAGGUGGCGGCCAGGAGGAGGCAGCAGCCGGGCGUGUGCACGCCGUCGCAGGAGCUGCUGCUGCAGGAGCUGUCGUCUGUGUUCACCAAGAAGAGCGAGGAGGAAGAGGAGGAGGAGGAGGAGAGGCCGUAUGAUGUCUGAGGCAAGGACCGAGGAUGGUGAAUUAUUUAUUCAGGAUGAAGACGUGCAGAAGUGACGUCACAUCUGAUGUUUUAUCUGGAGGAUCCAGCAGCAGCAGGACCUCAGACGUCUUCUUCAUGUUUUGUUGACGAGGAGAAAAACAAAAAGAUGGAAAAGCUGCUGAUGGUCCGAGAACGGAGAGAAAUCCUGUUUUCACUCCGGAGGAAAACUAGUUAAAAUCAGACAGAUUUUAAUGCUGUGACUCAUCAAAAACUUCUCAAGAAAGAAAGUUUUAGGCGUUGGAAAAAUAAAAAACACGCUCCUUUUGUUUUGUUACUGAGCAACGAAACGGGAGGCUUCCCGGACGCAGACUUUCUCUUCAGCGAUGGAUGAAGUCAUCAGAAAAGAAGCUUCUGUCAUUAGAGUUUGACCGAUAUGACGACAUUCAAGCUGCAGAUGUUUUGUGCCGAUAUUCAGCGUCUUCACGUGACGACGUUCGUGCCAAAAAAUCUGCAGAAUUUUAUUCUCAUCAGGAUGGAAAAGCCUCUUAAACUGGGAAACAUUUCUGCCUUUAAAUGAAGAAUCACAUCUAAAAAAUCAUAUCUUACUGUACCUGUUAAACACAUUAAUAAUAAAACCUGCAAAGAAACAUGAGGAUCAGGAUUUGCUGAGUGAUUUUCUGCAGUCGAGUCAGGAGGAACCUGCAUCAGUUCAGAGGUGAUGAUACCUGAUAUUUCAUUUUUAAAAAAGUCAGUAUCGGCCCAAUAUAUUGAUAAACUGAUUUAAACUGACUGAUUGAUCAAACCCAGCAGUCAGUCUGUGUGUAUCUGUCAAACUACACGGCAACACGUUUCCAUCUCAACAAGUCAUUUAGCCUCAUCGUCAGUGUUCAAAUCUUGUUUUUCUCCAAACAAGCUCAAAAAUAAUCUGCCGGUGUGAAGAAAAACAGGAGUCGAGGCUGAAUGACUUUUUAAUUUGGAGAUUUUUUGUGUUGAAGUUAAUCAGUUCUCUUUGUCAUGCCUGGUUCUCCUAAGAAAAAAAAAAAAAAACACUGUCAAAAUGUCACUUUUCAGAAAACGCUGCAGGAGAUCUGCUCUAACAAGUCUGUCUGUCUGUCUGUCUGUGCAGGGUGAAGUUUUAAAAUUUUCUUUUCAGUCAAACGAGUGAAAGAACGUGGCAGUGAGGUUUCAAAGGCAGGUUUUAACCGUUUGGGAGAUUUCAUUAUCAGAGGUUUUCUGCAGCACUGUCAGAUUAAAAGUCACUUGUUUGAGGAAAAUGUGUUUAAAAAGCAGAUUUGCUUUGGAAACCAGUAAAAAUAUCAGCAGCACUUUGUUUGGAGAGACGCUUGCAGAAACUCAACAGAAUGUCACUUCAUAUUAAAGUGAAAUAUCAACACGAGGCUGCUGCAGCAGAGUAUCAGAAACCAUGGCUGCAAUGUGUUAUUAUGGAUCCCACCAGAGUUCUGGGCGGGACACGCCCAGCCGUGCUCUGAUUGGUCGUAAAAUGUGUUUGCCUUUUUCUUCUUUACUGGCUGAAACAGGCUCAGCAUCAGAAUCAGAAAUAAUUUAUUGAUCGCCGAGGGGAAACUGGGUCAGCUGUAGCUGCUCACAUUCGCAAGAGAAGAAUUCAGUUAUAAGACAUAGAAAAAUAAGAAAAAUAAAAAUAUGUGCAUUAGAAAUUUAAAAUGAGAAAUUGAGCACAUGUAAGAAGUCUGCCUAAAUAAACCAUACACACCGGGAUAUUCCACUGUUAAGUUAUGAUAAAGUCACACAGGUAUAAAUUAAUACACAGUUAAAUGGUUAAACAGUUAAACAGAGUGAGUUAAGCAGUCAGACCCAGAGCCCAGAACUCCUGUGGGAUUCAUAAUAAUACCGCCCAGAAGAGAUUCAGCAAACGCACGCGACACACAGUCAGAAAUAUCAUUUACUUCUUCCUGACCUCCUGCUCAUAUUUAACACUCGACUUUCUGCUGAGCGUCUACAGAGCAAGGAGGGUUUCAAAGUGGGGUCCGGGGGCCCUCAGGGCCCCUUGAGGGUCUUCCAGGGGGUCCUCAGC